GCUCCUCCUGUGUUCUAGAGGCUUCUCAGGGGGAAUGUAGUGGAGGAGGUGCGGCCGCUCCCAGACACUCACACACGGGGUAGAGACUGUGGAGACCAGGAACCUGUCAAAGCCAGACGCUCAGGGUGAAGCCGGCCUGCAGUAUUAAUAAAAACCACUUUAACGAUAAGAAGACUAGUCUGACUGAAGCAGAGGUGAGUAAAACUGAGUGAAAAUACUUGCUAACUAUUGCUAACGUUGAUAAGAAGUUCAGGAACUGUUCCGUUUGUUCAUUUUCUUACAGUUUGGCCGUUAAAAUUAAACUUCAGAAUUCGUGUUAACGGCUGUUGAACGCGCAGAUUUAAGCUAACUGCUAGCAUAUUUUCCCCCUUCUAAUAACUAAAUUUUGUCACUUUUUUAAUGUUUUCUGCAUGUAACGACAAACUUAUUUCAUACAUGUCAAAAUUAUCGGUCAAACUGUAACUAACGUGGAUAACAACAGGUCUGAAGUGAUGCUGCUAACUACUGAACUGAAGUUUGUGCUGGUGUGUCUCCGCGCUUUGCUAAAGAUAUAGAGACAAAAGUAUGCAUUAAAGUUUUGCAUGUCUGCGGGGAAAAGUUACAUAACGCCUGGAAAACUACUCGCAAUUAACAAGGAAGUGAAAGGAACAAUCGAGAGAGUUCUCAGCCUCCUAAAUUGUACAGACACGCCCUCUACUGAGGCUGCUGCUGCUACUGACAGCUAAGCUAAUGAUGCAGCACCACAUGCUUUUCACUCAACUCUUAGCUCUUUUGUUUCACCUUAUGUUUGGGUUUGCAAACAAUUUCAGCUUAAGAGGUGUUUAGUUUCUGUUCUGCAAAUUAAAAAAGUGAGUUAGACUUAAAGCAGGGCUAUUCAUGUGUUUUAGGGACACCUUUUCAAGUUUAAGUUUCAAUAAAAUAUUGUCAGGUAGCAAACUAGUUCAGGAGCCAGUAACAAAUUUAAUAUCUGUAAAUGUCUUUACAUUUGAUGUGUUGUUGAUGUUUUUAAGAAGAGGCUCAAGACUCACCUUUUUAACCAGCUUUUCACUGAUUGCCUUUUUAUAUUUCUCUUAUUGCAGAUGUUAUCUCUGUUCUUAGUCUUUUUCUUAAUUCCCUUCUUAGAGGUUUUUACUUCUUUUCCCCCUUUUACAUGGUAAAGAGCUCUUACUCAUCUGUUCAUUUUAAAUUAUUUUCUUCUUUUAGUCCAUCAGGUUUUAGUCUUUCUUUUCAGCAUUUUUAUCUCUAUUUUUAUCUCCAGUGUUUGCCAAAGGUAGCUCUUAUCUCAUGUAAUGUCACGGUGUCAGGCCAGGUCUCUUUCACAAUAUCUUAAAUCCUUACACUGUGUGCGCUUAUGUGUGUGUGUGGGUGAGUGAGGGUGGGUGUGUGUCUUUGUGUGUGUGGGGGGGUCCAUGGAUUGGAGGUUUGGGUUUAAUUGUUGUUAAUUGUUGUUUUUAACCUCUGUGAGGCUCUUGAAACUCAUUUUUUGUCUGAAAAGUGCCAUCAAAAUAAAGUUGAAUUUGAAUUUACAUCUUUCCUGUGAUCAGACAACCUCCAGCUCUCCUCCACUUUGUCAUGCAGUUUCCCCUGCAGUAGCCUUAUCCUCCACAGCCCCCAAGUAUGAGAACUAUUGCUUAGAUGAGUCGUCAUGACCUCUCCUGUGGAUUACUAAUAGGCUAACAUUACAGUGUAUUGAUUCUGCUACUGUAGCAACAGUAAACACAGGGCGGUUCUCUGUAAUUCCUGUCAACUGAGUCAUCAUGGUGGCUAUAAGGUUUGUGGAGCGAAGUGCGAGUCUUUAUUUUGCCAACCUGUUCAACAGGUAUUUUUUUCCAACGGUUAUUAAAAUGUAUGCGAGCGUCUGACUCUACAGUUAUGUAAAACAUCACACAGACAGAUAACAGCAGUUUCACACUUUCUGUUGAACUGAAAGUGUGACAAUCUUUUCUGGGAAAAUAAUCCUCAUGAUGAAUUGAUGAUCUGAACAGUGUUCUGUGAAACCAAGAGACUUACAUUAAAAUGAUUCAGCAAUUCAGUCUGGUCAUCAGUCAUCAAUCAAACAUACGUUAACCCUCUAAAAGGCCAUGUCCUGCCUGUUGUACAGGGUUGCCAUAACAAAAGCAGCUGCUGACAAGCUGUCAAACAAGGGAGCCUUGAAAGCAGGUGCUGUGGACCCUCAACCUCAUUUAGACAGUUCAGAGUCUCAUAAUAGCCUUAUUACUCAGCAGUACAAAUGCACAUCACAAAUGCUACUCAGAGCAGGUUUACACGUCUUCAUUUCCAUAUACCCAGAUUUUCAUCUCACUGCCAACAUACGAUUAACAGCUGAUUGUCCUCAUGUUCCCAGGAACCAUGUCCAAGGGACCAGCAGUCGGCAUUGACCUGGGUACCACCUACUCCUGUGUAGGCGUGUUCCAGCAUGGCAAAGUUGAGAUCAUCGCCAACGACCAGGGAAACAGGACCACACCCAGCUAUGUUGCCUUCACUGACACUGAGAGGUUGAUUGGGGAUGCGGCCAAAAACCAGGUGGCCCUGAAUCCGACCAACACAGUAUUUGGUAUGAGGCAUUCUUUAUAGAUGUGGACAAGUCAUGUAUAGUUAUUUUGAAACGACCUGUUUUCAUUAAUGUUUGCCUCUCUCGCUGUUCUUCAGAUGCAAAGCGUCUCAUUGGCCGUCGCUUUGAUGACGCUGUUGUCCAGUCAGACAUGAAACACUGGCCAUUUACAGUUGUCAGUGAUGGAUCAAAACCUAAGGUUCAGGUUGAGUACAAGGGCGAGACCAAGACUUUCUUCCCUGAGGAGAUCUCUUCCAUGGUGCUAGUUAAAAUGAAGGAGAUUGCAGAGGCUUACCUCGGAAAGGUACAUCUAUAUUAUAUAUACUUAUGUGUGUCUGUGUGUGUUGGUGACAAAUAACAUAUACCCAACUAGAAAAGAAGUUAUCACCGGCACAGACCGGUUAUUUUGUGCUCUAACUAUAUUACUGUGGUUACUCUAGCUGAGGUGAUUAACAUUAAAAAUAUCUGUUAGCCCUGUUUAUGCAAAUUAGAAUUGAAACCGUAAAUGUGGUGUUAAAAGCGCCAACAGUGUCUCAGUUCUGCUUAACCUGACAACUGUCCCUUUUCCUCAGACUGUAACAAAUGCUGUGGUGACUGUUCCUGCCUACUUCAAUGACUCUCAGCGCCAGGCUACCAAAGAUGCAGGGACUAUUUCUGGGAUGAAUGUCCUUCGUAUUAUUAAUGAACCAACUGCUGCUGCUAUUGCUUAUGGCCUGGACAAGAAGGUAAGAAAUCUCUAGGUUACAUCUUUUAUCUGUAUGAUACAGUUUCAAAUUCUAGGGGUUUUUGUUGUAAAUUACACAACAUGUGUGGGAUGUACCAAUAGUCCAAUAAUUACAAUUAUAUGAAUGUACAGGUUGGAGUCGAAAGGAACGUUCUCAUCUUCGACCUGGGCGGUGGCACGUUUGACGUCUCCAUCCUGACUAUUGAAGACGGCAUCUUUGAAGUCAAGUCCACUGCAGGCGACACGCACUUGGGUGGAGAAGACUUCGAUAACCGCAUGGUCAACCACUUCAUCUCCGAGUUCAAGCGCAAGCACAAGAAAGACAUCAGUGACAACAAGCGGGCCGUUCGUCGUCUGCGUACGGCAUGCGAGAGGGCGAAGCGCACCCUGUCUUCCAGCACACAGGCCAGCAUCGAGAUCGAUUCUCUGUACGAGGGAGUCGACUUCUACACCUCCAUCACUAGGGCCCGCUUUGAGGAGCUGAAUGCGGACCUGUUCAGAGGAACCCUGGAGCCCGUUGAAAAGGCUCUGCGUGAUGCAAAGAUGGACAAGGCUCAAAUCCACGACAUUGUCCUGGUUGGAGGUUCCACACGUAUCCCAAAGAUCCAGAAGCUGCUGCAAGACUUUUUCAACGGAAAGGACCUCAACAAGAGCAUCAAUCCUGAUGAAGCAGUGGCCUACGGAGCAGGUAAAACCCAUUUUUCUAUUUAUAUAUUGAAGUGUAGAUCAAGAUUUAAGCUUCUCACAUCAGAACUUAAAAUCUUAAAUGAUGUCCAGCUGUGCAGGCGGCCAUCUUGUCGGGCGACAAAUCAGAGAAUGUGCAGGACCUGCUGCUGCUGGAUGUGACCCCGUUGUCUCUGGGUAUUGAGACCGCCGGAGGUGUCAUGACCGCCCUCAUCAAGAGGAACACAACCAUUCCAACAAAGCAGACCCAGACCUUCACCACCUACUCAGACAACCAGCCCGGAGUGCUUAUUCAGGUACCAAGUUUGUACUUUACGGUAUCCGUGAAGAACUUUUUUAAAAAUUCAGAGCCUGUUAUUUGACAGAUUUGGUGUUACGUCUGCAGGUAUUUGAAGGUGAAAGGGCCAUGACCAAAGACAACAACCUUCUGGGGAAGUUUGAGCUGGUUGGAAUCCCUCCUGCACCACGUGGAGUUCCUCAGAUCGAGGUGACCUUUGACAUCGAUGCUAACGGCAUCAUGAAUGUGUCUGCGGCGGACAAAAGCACCGGGAAGGAGAACAAAAUCACAAUCACCAACGACAAAGGUAACCUGUAAUGAAAUAUUGUAUUAUUGUGCGUCUGAACCACAAAAUUAGAUCUUGGAUACUCAGCUUUAUUUUGUCUGAUAUUAAAAUCAUCAGGCCGCUUGAGCAAAGAGGAUAUCGAGCGUAUGGUCCAGGAAGCUGAGAAGUACAAGGCUGAGGAUGAUGUGCAGAGAGACAAAGUAGCAGCCAAGAACGCUCUGGAGUCAUACGCCUUCAACAUGAAGUCUACUGUGGAGGAUGAAAAGCUGAAGGACAAGAUCAGCGAUGAGGAUAAAAAGAAGAUUAUGGACAAGUGUAACGAAGUCAUCAGCUGGCUCGACAGAAACCAGGUAUGAAUCGUAGUGAAUGUAAACUACGGCGAACUUAACUUGUUGUGGUAGCAGCAGGUGAACUCUCAAACUCUUCUGUGAUUUUAACCCUCCGGCUGCUUUCUUUGCAGAGCGCAGAGAAGGAUGAGUUUGACCAUCAGCAGAAAGAGCUGGAGAAAGUGUGCAACCCCAUCAUGACUAAGCUGUACCAGAGCGCAGGAGGUGCACCAGGAGGAAUGCCUGGCGGUUUCCCAGGAGCUGGUGGAGCUCCAGGAGCUGGUGGCGCAUCUGGCCCCACCAUCGAAGAGGUCGACUAAACUGGGGGCUGACCAGACUUGCAUAUGCUUGCUCUCUUUCUCCUUUCAGAGUCAAGUGUGAAGAGUGAUCAGUCAUGUUAGCGCACAAGUUACUACGUUGUCAUUCUCUGAUUUUUCACUGGCCUUAUUUAGGGUUGUUUUGAUCAUUUUUGUAUGCCUGGCUUUAAGGCGGCACUUUCUUUGUUUUUCUUCUAGUCUGUAGUCUUUUCAGAUGACUGUCUUGUGCUCACUUAAUCCUGCUAAUGUUUGCAUUACCACAGUGCGUUUCAGGAUUGGUUGGUGACCAGAGUUCUGGUUGUUGCUUUACUUUUUGCUAACAAGAAUAAACCAAAGCAUUUUCUGAACUCUGUCUCUUUGCAUUUCAUUUUUCUGUAUUCUUUGAGC